AUGCCUUUUCAAGCACUCCAACUAAAUGCCGACACGGGCAUAGUGAUUAGCCUUGGAGGUUUCGUUUUCAGUUCCUACUUCCUUGGGGCAAGCUACAACUCCACCUUCGCUUUUGAUAAACCCGUCACCACGGCAAGCUUGGUCUGCUUGCUGUUGGGAAUCACUUUCUUGGUGAUUGGUCUAGUCGCGACAGUAUCUCAACCAAACUCGCCGAAUGGAAAGCACGCCGCCAGUGCUAGUGACCAUUAUGAGCUCCUAUCGCAGUCGUCCUCGAAUGCUGCCCCAGAUGCACGUCAUAUAUCCUCGGCUUCCCCGCGGCUUGAGUGGAAGAUUGGUGCGCUACUUGGGAUGCUAGGGUUGCGAAUCGAGCUGUUCCGAGAAGCAACCCUUCAUAACGAAUGUGCACCUGCCGGAUAUUCUUACCUAAUUCCUUUCGUCAUUGCAACAUAUGAGCUGUUCGGAAGCCACAAUCUCGGCACAAAAGCUGGCUAUUCUGGACUUCAACAAACGCUGUUCCAUAAUUUGUCCUCGAAUAUUGCGUUAUCGACCUGUCGGCGGGGUUUCACUACGCUCCUGCACGGUCGAUGGAAAGGAAUUGUGGGAGCAUCACUUAUCUCUGCAGGCGCUUAUGCGGCGUCAUCUCUAAGCUACGGCAACCGAUCGACUUAUAUCUGCCCAAUCAUCCUCAAGGAUUCAGCCCAUAUGCAGAUCGUUCAGUUGUGCAAUAUGGUACUCGACUCAGCGAUCCUCAUACUUUUCACUGAAGUUUCUGAGGAACCGCGUAGGAAGCGGACAUAUCUUUCACUUGGGGCUGGCCUUGUGAGUCUUGCGGUUACCUGGACAAUUUCCUCCCAUUAUAUUCGCAACAGCCGUCCGGAACAAAGCGCAAUGUCUCUGUUGGACGGUCGGUAUCUGCGAAGUGCCGUCGGCCAGGCGAUCUUGUGCACGACUUUCAUAUUCUGGGGUUGGCAAAUUCUACCUCACUUUAAUCCCCUUGAUCUUUGCACAUUGGGAGGUUUCUCCUUCAUUGUUGUCUCCACGUACACAACGCUACCCUAUGGUCAAAUGGCUCUCCCUUCCGCGUCGCCUGUUCACGCCUCAGUUUCAAUAAUCGCAUCCACCGCCGGAGCUGUAUGGCUCUUCAGUUCAAGAAUUGUCACAGGAAAAGAUACUAAGGCUCUCCUUCGCGCCAAUGCGGCAGUGCAGGGUCUGAUUCUCGUCUGCAGUGCAGUCACCAUCACUUCGAUUUUGAGCAAACCCGACUCUCAUCAGACGCAUCCGAUCGACUCUCUGAUCUAUGAGGCGAAAAUCAACCAUGAUAAUUAUAUAUUGCAGGCUGGCGCAAGCAAAACCCUAGCAGACGCGGUCCGCGAGUAUCAGAGAAGAUACCAACAGCAUCCUCCGCCAGGGUUCGACAAGUGGUACGAAUUUGCGACGAAUCAUUCAUCAAUCAUCAUCGACGAAUUUGACCAAAUCCACGAAAACAUUCUUCCCUUUCGGGCUCUUGAGCCUUCACAUAUCCGGCACAUGACGCAUGAAUUAGCAGCAAACCCAUUCAACGACCUUGGAGCAAUCAUUAUUCGCAACGGUGAAGUCAAAGUCCAGGAGAAGGUGAAGCCGACCCAUGCGUGGAUGGUCAAGGGGGCAGCCAAUAUGAUCGAGAAGUUUGUUCAGUAUCUUCCAGACAUGGACAUUGUCUUCAACCUCAACGACGAGCCACGGGUCGUGGUGCCCUGGGAGCAAAUGAUGCAACUCAAGCAAACAGGUCGAAGUCGGGAAGAUGUGCCUGAAGAUGACUUACUCAAUUGGUGGUCAGCAGAUCGCCACCUUGGCUGGGCACCCAUCGAACCCGCGGAUCCAGUGAGCGAGGCGAUCUUCACAGAUGGAGCGUGGCAGGGGGUACUCGAUCAGUACGUCAGUUUUAUCUGUCCCCCUACGUCGCCGGUACGGACGACGCGUGUGUGGAAUCGGCGUGAUGUCUGUCUGAGUUGCGCAGCACCGCACACCUUGGGUCAAUUUCCGUUAGAUUUUAACCGAGCCACCGAAAUUUGCCAUCAACCAGACCUCGCCUUUCUUCACGGACUCUUGAUAUCACCAGCAUCGUUCAAAGUGUCUGGAGAGCUUAUGCCGAUCUUCAGCCAGAGCGCGCUGUCCGGCUUUGGUGAUAUUUUGUAUCCUAGUCCUUGGAAUUACAUGGACAAAAUCACCCACAGUCCGACCGAGGAGAAUCCUGAUUCUCCAUAUCCGGAGAAGGAAAAUUCACUGUACUGGAUCGGCAGUACUUCGGAAGGCUACAGCCGGUUCAACGAGUGGAAGGGGAUGCCGAGGCAGCGAUUCUCUCAUCUUGUGAACAACAACACUGGAAGUCAAGUGUCUCUCCUUCUCCCCACAGGUUCUGGUUCCUAUCGAUAUCAAAGCAUGCGUGGCGAUGCCCCUACCCGAGAGUUGAACUUGCAGACCAAUGUCCACAUCGCAGCGCCAAUCACUCGCUGCGGGGACUGUGACACGCAGCACGAAGAGCUCGGCCCACACUCGUGGCUCGACUUCCAAGCCCACUGGUCUCAUCGAUAUCUCUUUGACCUUGACGGGGCCGGCUUUAGUGGCCGUUUUCUCCCCUUUUUGCACAGUCACAGCCUCCCAUUCCGAACCGGUCUCUUCCGGCAAUGGUUCGACUCCCGAAUUACCUCAUGGCACCACUUUGUCCCCGUCGAUAUCCGUCUUCAUGGACUAUGGAGCACGUUGGCUUAUUUUGCUGGCGUCUCGAAGACGCCGCCGCCUACUGCAGGGAACCAGAGCGCCGAUCAAGCACGCGUGCUCAUGGAACCGCAUCUCAAUGAGGGCUGGCGGAUCGCCGAGCAAGGACGUGAAUGGGCAGAGACGGCGCUUCGCAAGGAGGAUAUGGAGGUGUACUUCUUCCGGUUGCUCUUGGAAUGGGGUCGAGUGACAGAUGAUCGGAGAGAUGUGCUUGGAUACAAGCUUUAA